AUGCUAAGCACUUUAACAAGUCAAGUCAACGACACAAGUCCAAAGCAUUAAACUAUCGAAUGCGAAAGAGAAGGAAAAGAAAGAACAUUGUUUGAAUCAGAUGAAAGAAACAACAUUUUUUAAUCGGAUGAGAUUUCAAUCUUUUCUCUACAUUUUCCUUGUUCUUGAUUCCUGAUUCUUGUUCUUGUUCUGUUGUUUUUUUGUUUAAUAUUCUCUUUAUUGGUCUGAUCUUACAAGUAUACCCUUCUUUGCAAGAGGAGGAAUCCAUGGCUGAUGCAGGGAUAGGAGGAGCAUUUCUAUCUUCUUUCCUUGAUGUGUUAUUUGAUAGAGUAGCUUCUCGUGAGUUUAUAGAUUUCAUCAAGGGAAGAAAGAUCAGCGACGCCCUCCGCAGGAGGUUCAAUACGAUGAAGUUGUGCGUUGACGGAGUGCUGGAUGAUGCAGAAGAGAUGCAGAUCACCAAGUUAGCUGUGAAAAAGUGGCUUGAUGAGCUUAAAGAUGCUUUCUAUGAUGCCGAUGACUUGCUUGACGAGAUUGCUUAUAAGGCUUUUCGAUCGAAGAUGGAAUCCAGAUCUGGAAUAGAUAAGGUAAAGAGCUUUGUAUCUUCUCGUAACCCAUUUAAAAAGGGGAUGGAGGUUAGGUUAAAUGAGAUACUUGAGAGACUUGAAGAUUUAGUGGACAAAAAGGGUGCCCUUGGUCUUAGAGAACGUAUAGGACGGAGGCCAUAUAAGAUACCCACUACUUCUGUUGUGGAUGAAUCUGGUGUAUAUGGUAGAGAUAAUGAUAAAGAAGCCAUAAUUAAGAUGUUGUGCAAUGAGGGAAAUGGGAAUGAGCUUGCUGUGAUUCCCAUUGUGGGGAUGGGUGGGAUCGGUAAGACAACUCUUGCUCAACUUGUUUACAAUGACCAAAGAGUGAAAGAAUGGUUUGAAGUCAGAGCAUGGGUCUCUGUUCCUGAUCCUGAAGAACUUGAUGUUUUCAGAGUAACAAGAGAUGUUCUUAAGGAGAUUACCUCAGAGACCUGUGAUACCAAGACUCCAAACCAGCUUCAAAACGAGCUAAAGGAAAGAUUGAAGGGGAGACGAUUCUUGCUUGUUUUAGAUGAUGUUUGGAAUGACAGGCAUUCAGAAUGGGAACUUUUGCAGGCACCUCUUAAGUCUGGGGCUCGGGGAAGCAGGAUUGUUAUUACAACACGUAUUCACACUGUGGCAUCAAAGAUUGGUACUGUUCCAACCUAUCAUCUGGAUGUAUUAACUGAUGCGGAUUGUUGGUCCUUAUUUGCAAAACAUGCAUUUGAUUAUGGAAAUUCUAGCAUAUAUGCCGGUUUGGAAGAAAUCGGCAAAGAAAUAGUGAGAAAGUGCGGACGUUUACCUUUAGCUGCAAAAGCACUUGGGGCACUUUUACGCACCAAGAAAGAGGUCAAGGAAUGGGAGAAGAUAUUGAAGAGCAGUUUGUGGAAUUCAUCGGAUGACAACAUUCUUCCAGCUUUAAGAUUGAGCUACCAUGAUCUUCCAUCACAUCUAAAAAGAUGCUUCUCUUAUUGUGCAAUAUUUCCAAAAGAUUAUGAGUUUGAAAAGGAGGAGUUGAUCCUUUUGUGGAUGGCUGAAGGCUUCUUAGUUCAUUCGAGUCCAGAUAAGGAGAUGGAAGAAGUAGGUGACGAAUACUUUGAUGAUCUUGUAUCCAGGUCAUUAUUUGAACGAGGGAGUGGCAGUCGUUCAAGCUUCAUUAUGCAUGAUCUAAUAAAUGACUUGGCUAAAUUCGUAUCUGGAGAAUUUUGCUUUAGGCUAGAGGGUGACAAAUCAUGCAGGAUUACAAAUAGGACUCGGCACUUUUCAUAUGUGAGAACAGAAAAUGACACUGGAAAGAAAUUUGAGGGUAUAUAUGGAGCCCAGUUCUUGCGCACAUUCAUACUUAUGGAGUGGUCAUGCAUUGAUAGUAAGGUAAUGCAUAAAUUAUUGUCCAACUUCAGGAAAUUGCGAGUGUUAUCUCUAUCUCAGUAUCGUAGUGUAGCUGAGAUGCCAGAGUCAAUUGGCUACUUGAAGCAUUUACGGUAUCUAGAUCUCUCUACAGCAUCAAUAAAAGAGUUGCCUGAAAAUGUGAGUAUUUUGUACAAUUUGCAAACAUUAAUCUUGCAUGACUGUACAUACCUUGCUGUGUUGCCUGAUUCAAUUGGAAAAUUGGAGCAUUUACGCUACUUGGAUCUCUCUGGAACAUCAAUCGAAAGGUUGCCAGAAUCCAUCAGCAAAUUGUGCAGUUUGCGAACAUUAAUCUUGCAUCAGUGCAAAGAUCUCAUUGAGUUGCCAACCAGUAUGGCACAGUUAACCAACUUGCGAAAUCUUGAUAUCAGAGAAACAAAGUUGCAAGAGAUGCCACCAGACAUUGGAGAGUUAAAAAAUCUCGAAAUAUUAACUAAUUUCAUUGUGAGAAGACAAGGUGGAUCUAACAUUAAUGAGUUGGGCGAGCUUCAGCAUCUACGAGAAAAACUCUGUAUUUGGAAUCUUGAAGAGAUUGUGGAAGUUGAAGAUGCUUCAGGAGCUGAUUUGAAGGGUAAGAGGCACCUUAAGGAGUUGGAGUUGACUUGGCACAGUGAUACUGAUGAUUCAGCACGUGAUAGAGGUGUCCUUGAGCAAUUACAUCCCCAUGCAAAUUUGGAAUGUCUUUCUAUUGUUGGUUAUGGAGGUGAUGCAUUUCCACUUUGGGUAGGAGCUUCUUCUUUCUCAAGUAUAGUGUCCAUGAAGCUCAGUGGAUGUAAAAACUGUUCCACUCUACCACCACUUGGGCAAUUAGCAUCUCUAAAAGACCUUUCAAUCACAAAAUUUGGUGGAAUCAUGGUUGUUGGUCCUGAGUUCUAUGGAAGUUGCACGUCCAUGCAGAGUCCAUUUGGAUCCCUCAGAAUCUUGAAGUUUGAAAAGAUGCCACAAUGGCAUGAAUGGAUUUCUUUCAGAAAUGAAGAUGGAAGUAGAGCUUUCCCACUCCUCCAAGAGCUUUACAUCAGAGAAUGCCCCAGCCUAACUACAGCCUUGCCUAGUGACCUUCCUUCUUUAACAGUACUUGAGAUUGAAGGAUGCCUGCAGCUUGUAGCUUCACUUCCAAGAGCUCCAGCCAUCAUUAAAAUGAAGUUAAAAGAUGACUCUCGUCAUGUUUUGUUAAAGAAAUUGCCUUCUGGGCUGCACAGCCUCAUAGUUGACGGAUUCUACUCUUUAGAUUCCGUAUUAGGCCGAAUGGGUAGGCCUUUUGCUACUUUGGAAGAAAUUGAAAUCAGAAACCAUGUUUCACUCAAGUGCUUCCCAUUAGACUCGUUUCCAAUGUUAAAGAGCCUUCGCUUCACGAGAUGUCCUAUUCUUGAAUCUCUUUCUGCAGCCGAGUCAACUAAUGUGAAUCACACAUUGCUCAAUUGUUUGGAGAUUAGGGAGUGUCCUAAUUUAGUAUCUUUCCUUAAAGGAAGAUUUCCUGCUCAUUUGGCCAAGCUCUUAUUACUUGGUUGCUCAAAUGUGGUAUCCUUUCCUGAGCAGACACUACUGCCUUCGACUCUGAACUCUCUUAAAAUCUGGGAUUUUCAGAACCUGGAAUAUCUGAACUACAGUGGACUUCAACAUCUAACUUCUCUGAAAGAAUUGGAGAUUUGUAACUGUCCCAAGCUCCAAUCCAUGCCAAAAGAGGGCCUCCCUUCAUCACUUUCUUCUCUGUCUGUCAGUUUAUGUCCUCUGCUGGAACAAAGGUGUCAAAGAGAAAGAGGGGAGGAUUGGAUCAGGAUUUCUCACAUCCCCCAUUUAAAUGAUUUGAAAGGCACUUGGAGAAGGGAGUCAUAGCUCCAUCACAAAACCAAAAACUUCUUGCUGAACCAUUGCUAGCAUUUAGCUGCAGCAACAGCCCUAGCUUUGGUACUGUGGAAUCCAGCAACCAAGCACUGUCUGGUUUCCACAGCAACAGCAGCCACCUGCCAGCUAGGCAGUUGUGGAUAAGAGCCUGAUUGGGGUGGAGUAGGCAGUUUGACAUGAGUGCAAAAGUAGGUUUGAUUGAGAUAGUGAGAUGAGCAAUGGCAGAUCUAUGUACUUCAAUCAAUGAAGCAUGUGUAUCAACAAUGUCUUCCAAUUUUCUUCAGUUUCAGGAUGAUUUUGAAGUUAAGAUUUUCUUUUGCGUCACAACAAUAUCCCAUGGCUUUACUUUCUGGAAAUAUUAUUGCCCUAAUACAUCAAGUUGUUCUAUA